AUGAAAAGUGAAACAAAACGCAAUGUAACAGAAUUUAUUAUUCAAAGCUUCACUGACAGUCCAGAGCUCCAGUUUCCAAUUUUUAUGCUAUUUCUUUUCACCUACCUCAUCAUAAUUUGGGUCAAUGGAACCAUUUUCAUUCUUAUUAUAAUUGACACUAAUCUUCAUACUCCUAUGUAUACAUUCUUGAUGAUGCUUUCCAUGGUUGAUAUCUCUAACAUUUCAAAUGUUAUACCCAAUAUGUUAUAUAUGCUUCAUACACAGCAUAAGACUAUUUCACUUUUGGGAUGUGUAACUCAGACAUAUUUAUUCAUAUCCCUGACAUGCACUGACACCCUGCUGCUUGGUGCCAUGGCCUAUGAUCGAUAUGUGGCAAUUUGUCACCCUCUUCAUUACUUUACUCUCAUGAGUAAACAACGUUGUGGUCUACUGAUAAGCAUGGCAUGGACUGUUGGUUUUACAGAUACUUUGGCACAUGUGUUUUUCAUAUCUAAGUUGUCUUUCUGUGCAUCCAAAUAUAUUGACCAUUUCUUCUGUGAUGUCAUACCAUUGUUAAAAAUCUCCUGCAGUGACACAUCCAUUAUUGAAAUGUUAACGUAUGUUGAAGGAACAGUACUUAUUGUUCCAGAUUUUCUGCUUAUUUUAAUCUCUUAUAUAUUCAUUAUAUCCACCAUUCUAAAAAUAAAAUCUGCAGAUGGACGACGUAAAGCUUUUUCUACCUGCACUUCUCAUCUAACCUGUGUUAUUAUAUUCUAUGGGACAAUUUCAUGUUUAUAUAUGAGGCCUACAUCGAGCUACUCUCCAAAACAGGACAAGUUUUUUGCUCUUGUAUUUGUCAUAUUGGUCCCCUUGUUGAAUCCCCUUAUUUAUAGCCUAAAAAACCAAGAAGUAAAAACUGCUUUAAGAAAAGUUAAGAACAUGCUGGUAGGUUAA